AUGCCCAACUACACCUUCCCCCAGAUCUACAACUUCCCUCCGUUCUUCACACGCCAGCCCAACGAGCAGACGUGGCACGCGCAACGGAGCAGCUGGAUCCAGUUGAUCCUGGGCUACUCCAGGGCCAACCGAGUAUGGAUCCUCAACAACAAGGGCCAGGUGCUCUCACAGGGCAACGUUGACGAAGGUGCCACCAUUACCAAGGAAUCGUUGUUUGCCAAUGACAGGAUCCAGCGCAGUCUGAGCAUCGAGACCGUUGAUGAGAUAUUCAGCGAGAUGGUGAAGAGUGAGGAUGCCUUCUACAACGACAACCACUCGAGUGUGUUUGUCAACUUCUACAGGCCCGAGGACUGGGCUGCGAUGGUGCUGGAAUGGGUGGAAUCCACAGGCCAAAGCGGUGGUGUCUUGACGAUGUAUGAAAUCGCCAAUGGGGAGCUCAGUGCCAGCCAGGAGUUCCAUGGAAUACACCCAGUCAUACUCGAGAAGGCCCUGAAUGUGCUGGUCAAGAGAUCAAGGGCCCAGUUGCUCAAGGACCAGGACAAUAGAAUCGCUGGUGUUAAAAUCGUAUAA